UAGGUUUUUUCAAAUCUGGUCACGCUACGAGCAAAGCAAUCGACGAAGACGAAGAAAUUUCAUUAAUUUUCACUUGUGAAUAAAACGUAGAAAAAAGUGCCUCAAACUAAACUAUAAAGCAAAGUGAAUACGGUGCCAACACAAAGUGAAGUGAAAAUACGACGGCGAACGUGUUUGAACGCAGUUAUACCCCCGAAAACGGGCGAGAGCUGAAAAUUGUUAAGGUUGCCGCUGGUGACUAUAUGUCCAGGUUGCGACAAACCGCCAAAGCCGUGCAAUUUAAGCACGAGUCCACGGAGGAGGAGGACGACGACGACGAGCAGCCACAGCAGCGAGAGAGCACACGCAGGAGCAUGCAUUCAUACGGCGACAACGGCGGCAUAGGCAGCGGAGUGCCGGCCUUCCUGGCCAAGCUCUGGCGCCUGGUUGACGAUGCGGAGACCAAUCAGUUGAUCUGCUGGACCAAGGAUGGACACAGCUUUGUCAUCCAAAAUCAGGCGCAAUUUGCGAGGGAACUGCUGCCACUGAACUACAAACACAACAACAUGGCCAGCUUCAUCAGGCAGCUGAAUAUGUAUGGUUUCCACAAAAUCACAUCCAUCGACAACGGAGGCCUGCGUUUUGAUAGGGAUGAAAUCGAGUUCUCACAUCCCUUCUUCAAGCGCAACUCGCCCUAUUUACUGGACCAAAUCAAACGGAAGAUAUCGAACAACAAGAACGGGGAAGACAAGAGCGCUCUGAAGACGGAGGCCGUGUCCAAGAUCCUCAGCGAUGUCAAGGUGAUGCGAGGUCGCCAAGAUAACCUGGACUCGCGCUUCUCCGCCAUGAAGCAGGAGAAUGAGGUGUUGUGGCGUGAAAUAGCCAGUUUGCGGCAGAAGCACGCCAAGCAGCAGCAGAUAGUCAACAAACUGAUCCAGUUCCUAAUCUCCAUCGUGCAGCCGUCGCGGAACAUGUCCGGCGUCAAGCGCCACAUGCAGUUGAUGAUUAACGAUGCGCCCGAAAAUGACCGCGCUCGCACCACCAGCGAGACGGAGAGCGAGGGCGGCGGCGGUCCGGUUAUCCACGAGCUCAGCGAGGAGCUGCUCGACGAGGUCAUGAAUCCCUCGCCGACUGGCUACACCGGAGCCGCGCUGUACGACCAGGAAAGCGUCUCGCCGCUGGCCGUCGAGCGUCCACGAUCAAAUAUUAGCGUCAGCUCACACAACGUCGACUAUUCGAAUCAAAGCGUUGAGGACCUGUUGAUCCCAGGCAACGGACCCUCUGCCAGUAAUCUCUUGACAGCCGGUUCUGCCUCUCCGAUGGCCUCCAGCUUGAGUGGCUCGCCGGCUCAGCAUGUUGUGUACACAGUGACCGAGGCACCCGACUCCCAUGUCCAGGAGCUGCCCAACAGCCCGCCUUAUAACGAAGACCAUAACGUUCUCACUACGCCCAUGGUGCGGGAAGAGGAGCGAAAGCGUCUAGAGCUUAAGGAGAAGAACAAGCAGCGAAGACUAGCAGGAGAUCAGCAAAUGCUCGAUUCUGGCGCCAUUCUGGUGGAGGAUGUCUUGCCGAAGGCCCAACGAACGCGCGCCCAGCUCAAGUCUGAUGCUCAGUCGCCGAAAGUCAUGCCCCAGCCCGUGUUGAUCAAGUCUGAGCCGGAGAACAAUGCCGGACUGCUUGGCCUAAUCAAUCCAACGAAUUCUGAUAUGUACGAUGUGAACUUUAUCAGCGAGGACAUGCCGACAGACUUGUUUGAAAAUCCUUCUCUCUUGCCCACUGGCAUCGAGGAGGCUGCCAAGCUGGACCAGCAGCAAAAAUUUGGGCAAUCGACCGUGAACAAUGGAAAGUUUGCCAACAACUUUGGAGUGCCCGCCACCAGUAGUAGCAGCAGCACUCUGCUGGACGCCAACCAGGCCUCCACAUCGAAGGCAGCGGCCGCUGCCAAGGCCCAGGCCCAGGCCCAGGCUACCGAGGAGGAGGCGGCCAUGGCUGUUGCCAAGUACACGGGCGGCGAGAAUGGUGCUUCUAGAGAUCCUAACAACGGCCACCAACUCCUGAGGAUGGCAUCAGUGUUCGUAGACGGCAUUAACUCUUCAUCCAGAGUGGUCAGUCAUAAUCAAGAGCAUUUUAAUUCUUCCUGUUGCAGUGACGAUGUUCAUGGCCAUUUGGACAAUAUGCAAGAUGAGCUCGAAUCACUUAAAGAUCUGCUGCGCGGGGACGGUGUGGCCAUUGACCAGAAUAUGCUAAUGGGUGCGCCUGGCAGGACGCCCAUUUUUCAGCUGACCGAGGACGAGCUUUUACUAAAGCUCUUUAACGACUCGGAUCUACUAGAUAACUAUGGCCUAUCAUUUCCCAAUGACAGCAUGAGCAGUACUGAGAAGAAAGCGCCCAGUGGUAAUGAGCUAAUCUCCUAUCAGCCAAACAUGUUUGAUUUGUCGGAUAUUCUGGACACGGAUGAUGGCAACAAAAAUGCGGAGGCCAACAGUCGUCAGUUGCAGUCGCAAAGCUCUAUUUUGAAUACGCCGCGACACGACGUGUAACUUGUGUUUAGUUUAUAGUUGGCUCACACCCUUCUUUAUGUUGAUUUUUAUCAACUUUUAAUCAUUUUAGUUAAUUUUAUUUUUCAAUCAUAUUAAUGAUGCUGUGUGUAUGCCUUAUGCACUAUAUAUAUGAUAUAUAGACUAACCCUAAU